UUUGUAUUUCUCAUAAAAUAUUUCUUUGCCUAAAAAUGAGGGAAGAGUUUGUAUGUUGAGUUUGUUGUUGGGGGAAAGGUUUAAAUAAAAAAUUAUUAUUAGUUGUGGUGGGAUUUUAAAACAGCUAAAAGCUUUCUGAAAUAAAUAUUAAAAUUAUUAUGCAAUUUUUAAGAUUGUCUUAAGUUUAUACUUUUCUAAAAGAAAAUUAUUGCCUUAACUUUUCGUUAAAAUAAUGCAAAUAAUAAUAUUUGCAUUAAUACAUUUGUGUCUAAAUUUCUUUAAAUAUUUUUAGGAAAUUUGACUAUUAAAUGCAUACAUAAUUAUUUAAAAAAAUUCUAAAUAAUGACAUCAAAGAGUAAUCGACAUCAUAUAUUUGACAUUCCAAGUACAUUUUCUUGCCAAAGUUGGUUAAAUACAAAUCCGAGUCUAAAAGGCGAAGAAAAUUUUAAAAAUUUAAUUGAAAGAAUAAUAAUUUUAGAUGAAAAAUCCUCCCAAAAUUUUGGUUCAGAAAAAACCAAUCAAAAUAAUAAAAUCGAUGAUUGUUCAAACAAUAAUUGGACAAAUGACUGGUCAAAUGCUAAUUCAAUAAAUAAUUUUAAUUCUGCUAAUAAUAGCCAAACAUUUCUUGGAAAAAUUGAAAAUAAGAGAAAUUUUGGUACUUUUGCUCCUCGAUUUAUUUCAGAGAAUAAUUCAAAUAAAGAAAAACCCCAAACAAAAAGGGAAAAGUUUUUGCCACCUAAAGCAGAAGAAUGGGAACUUUUUGAUGAAAAUAAACAAGUAAAGGAAGGGGAAAUGUUUGAUGAAAUUUGUGAAGUUUAUGAAGAAGCAACGGCUGUGUUAAAUUGUGACGGGACUGAUGUUCUAUUCGAACGAAUAGAAAGCUUCGAUCAAUGUAGUUUUAGUGCCGAAUUAAUGCUUAAUGUUCAACUUAAAAAAUUAAAGAAACCAACGCCCGUUCAACGAGUUGUUAUUCCUCUUAUAACGAAAAAGAAAAAUGAUUUAUUGUGUCAUGCACAAACUGGCAGCGGAAAGACUGCUGCUUUUCUUUUACCAAUUAUCAGUAGAUUACAUCAUUUUUCGAGAAAACGGGGAUUUGAUACAAAUAGCUAUACUCCUUAUGCUAUUAUUGUUUCUCCAACAAAAGAAUUGGUUAAACAAUUAUAUGAUGAUGCUUGUGCUUUUUCUUUAAGAACUGGAGUAACUGUUUCUUAUACUUUUGGGGAUAUUCCAAUGAAGCCUAGUGUAGCAGAGUUAACUAAGGGUUGUGAUAUUUUUAUAGCAACUUGUGGAAGACUUUCUCAAUUUGUUGAAAAAAAAUAUAUAUCUUUGGAAGAAUUGAGAUUUUUGGUAUUAGAUGAGGCAGAUAAACUUCUUAAAGUUGAUAAUUUUUAUAGCUGCGUAAAAGAAAUUAAACAGCAAAAGAAUAUUUACCCAACUCAUCGUGUAUUAAUGUUUUCUGCGACAUAUGAACAUUCAAUUAACGAUUUGGUUCAAAGUUUUCUUCGUGACGAUUUUGUUCAGAUUCAAAUUGGGCAGGUUAACUCUGCUGCAGAUACUGUUGAACAGACUUUUUUGAAAGUAAAUAAACAUACAUUAAAUGGAAUUAAUGGAAAACAAGAUACUUUACUUGAAUUUUUGCUUAAACAUGAAAAAACACGUCUUGUACCACAACCUAAUGGGGAUGAUUAUUGGAAAGUACCAAAAACAAUUAUUUUUGUCGAACAAAAACGCCUUUCCUAUCGUUUAGGGUUAACUUUAAAUGAUAACAAUAUACGUGCUUCGAGCUAUAAUUCGUAA